AUUCAUAACUUUAUUGGAUAAGAUUUGUUUUAAUAUUCUUGAUAGAUAAUUUAAUUAGAUUUAUUCUUUCAGCAAAAAGAAUUAAAAAUGGAAUUAUUAAUGAAAUAAAAAUUAAACUUAUGGAAAUACUGAACAAAGAAAAAAAAGAAAAGUCUACAAAAUUGAUAAAAUUUCAACUACUUCGAUUUGCAAGAAGGCGAAGAAUUUUAUGUAAAAAUGGUAUGUACUUAGCAAUAGACAAAAAUGGUGUACAUGGAACAAAAGAUCCAAAAAAUCCAUAUGCUGACCUUCAAGUAUUAUCGAUUGGCUCAGAUAUGCUUGCAUUUUGGGGAACAAAAGCAUGCUUGUACCUUGCUGUAAAUGCACAAACUGGCCAAAUUUACACCACACCAGAUGAAGGACAGCAUUGUGUUUUUCUAGAGUCUAUCACACCUGACUUUUAUAACUUCUAUGAAAGCUACCGUUCAGUAUAUGAUGGUCAACCACAAUGUUUAAUUCUAAAUGCUCAAAACAAACUUAUUAUUGCUGAUACUGGAACUGUUUUAGAAAAAAAUGGACAAUUUAUUUGGGAACUGUUUGAUGAUGCUUAUGAGAAAUACAAAUAAUAUAAUGACUGACACUAGAUUUAUAACUUAUCACAUGAUCACAUGACUUCUUAAAGCAAAAAUUUUAUUUUUUAAAUUAAAAACGAUACCUCACCUUCAUUAUAGUAAUGAAAUAAAUUAAAGAUUUAUUAA